GACCAAAGGGCUCGUUGUAGGGUUUGAGGUCCUUGACAUGCACCUUGCCCGCGAGAGUCCCCGCCGGAUCCGCCAGCUCGUACACGACCGGCGACAAGAUCUUCGCGAUGGUGUAUGGGCCGUGGAAUUUGGUCGCCAGUUUCGCGGAGACAUGCUGAGCCGCGGACAAAACAUGCUGCCGCUUCAACACGGGUGCGCCGAUCUCGUACUGCCGGUCCCUUCUCCCCUUGUUGUACUGGCGGGCUUGGGCCUCCCGCGCGGCCUCUAAGUUUUCCACUACCCAUGCUCGCAGCGUGCGCAUGCACUCCAUGCGUUGGCCCCACUGACGCGGGUCCGACAACUCGACCGCGGUCGCCACCGCCUCCGCGGGGUCGGUCAGGUGCACCGGGUCCGCCUCCCUCCCGAAAUUUAAAAAGGCGGGUGUCGUUCGGUGGGACGUAUGGUACGCGGAGUUAUACGCGAAGCGGAACUCGGCUAGGUGGAGGUCCCACUCUCGGUGGUCCCGCUCCAGAAACGCGGUGAUCAUCGUCUUAAGCACGCGGUUCACUCGCUCGACCGGAUUCGCCUGCGGGUGGUACGGCGAAAUCGUCGAGUGGCUAAUACCGUAUUGGGCCGCGAGGGCCCCGAGCUCCCGAUUAAUAAACUCCGUGCCGUUGUCCGUUAAGGAGGCAUAUACACCUAGGAGGGUCAAAAAAUCGAUUUUUUUAUUUUUACAUAUUCAUAAAGUUUAAUGUUUCGAGAAUGUC